AUGAUGCCGGACGAAAUCCAGGAAACGGCGACUGAGGAAACCAGUCUCUUGCCCAAGAAGCAUGGCGAUGAGGAGUCCACGCCGAGCCAGGGAGAAGGCGAGAUCCUCGACAUUCUGCCCGAGGACGAAACGCCGCCUCGCAAGCUUAUCCUCCAUGAAUUCUGGGUUUUGUUCCAAGGAUCGAUCCCGGUGAUCCUGGCAUAUACCUUACAGAACUCCUUGCAAACCAUCUCAAUCUUGAUCGUCGGCCGAGCCUCGCCUCAGGAUCUCUCGACCGCCGCUUUCUCCUAUAUGUUUGCUAUGUGCUCGGGAUGGCUCAUUGGGAUGGGAGGGUCGACCGCACUGGACACUCUUGCUUCGUCGACUUUCACCGGAAGCAAGAACAAGCAUGACUUGGGCAUCCUGUUGCAACGAGGGUUUGUCGUCCUCACCCUGUUCUAUAUUCCCGUUGCAAUACUCUGGUUGUGCUCGGAACCGGUCUUCAGAGCCCUCGGCCAGAGUGCCCAGCUUUCGCGAGACAGCUCCAAAUUCCUGAGCUGUUUGAUUCCCGGCGGCCUUGGGUAUAUCUACUUCGAAACCAUGAAAAAGUAUCUGCAGGCCCAGUCGAUUAUGCGUCCAGGAACAUAUGUCCUCUUGAUCACUUCACCCAUCAGUGCUUUGUUGAAUUACCUGUUCGUCUAUGUCGCAGGAUGGGGAAUAUUCGCUGCCCCAUUCGCAACCGGCAUCGGCUACUGGCUGUCAUUCUUCGGCCUGGUGCUUUAUGCGAAAUUCGUGGCAGGCGGCGACUGCUGGGGCGGCUGGACGAAAAGGUGUCUGCACAAUAUGGGAACAUUCGCCAAACUCGCCAUUCUGGGUGUCAUCCACGUCGGCACUGAGUGGUGGGCCUUUGAGAUCGUCGCACUCGCUGCUGGCAGACUAGGCGAGAUCCCUCUGGCAUCGCAAAGUGUCAUUAUGACGGCCGAUCAAGUCAUGAACACCAUCCCUUUUGGGAUAGGCGUCGCUGCCAGCGCACGUGUUGGGAACAUGUUGGGCUCACGCAACGCAAAGGGGGCAGCACGGUCAGCCAAUGUGGCCGCCUGGCUCAGCAUGUUCAUGGGCGCCAUUGUCCUCGCUAUUCUGAUGGGGACAAGAAACCACUUUGCCAAGAUCUUCAACGAUGAUGACAGAGUGGUGAAACUCACUGCGAAGGUCCUGCCUUAUGUUGCUCUGUUCCAGAUCGCAGACGGCUUGAACGGCAGCUGCGGAGGAUCUCUACGAGGCAUGGGGAGGCAGCACAUAGGAGCAGCCGUUAACAUCGUCAGCUACUAUUGUGGCGCCCUGCCCUUGGGUAUCUGGCUUGCUUUCCAUGGCUGGGGUCUUCCUGGCCUUUGGGUUGGUCAAUGCAUCGCCCUCUAUCUUGUUGGAGCUGCCGAAUGGGUCAUCGUGGCUUUCAGCAAUUGGGACUACCAAGUCCAAAAGGCAUUCGACCGCAUGGACAAGGACGAACUGGUCGAAACUGGCGAGGCUGGACCCUCUGUGCCGGCUCCGGUUGGAAAUGGACCACAGUGA